GGGAAGGCGGGGUGUGCAACUAAGACGUACCACGCUGCGGGCGCUUGGCAGCAGCUCUGCUUUUGUCUGACUCGGCCAGCUGAGCUUCACCCUCCUUGGAAAGCGCCUGAUGUCAGUCCGUUUUCUCCCUAUCGACCUCUCCGCCCAACUUCUUAGAACGCGGUCGUGUAGAGGCGAACGCCCCAAACAGCCUCGGUGGACCGCCGUUUUGUUUCUCUGUUGAUCUCUUAAGUGUGGUCUCUUCCCGAGAAGAGGAUGUUGAGGUAAAGAGGUAUUUAGCAUCGAGAUGACUCAGGAGACAAACCAGACCCCAGGGCCCAUGCUGUGUAGUACAGGAUGUGGAUUUUAUGGAAAUCCUAGAACAAAUGGGAUGUGUUCUGUCUGCUACAAAGAGCAUCUUCAGCGACAGCAGAAUAGUGGUAGAAUCAGCCCAAUGGGAACAAACAGUGGUUCAAACAGUCCUACCUCAGACUCUGCAUCUGUUCAGAGAGCAGACACUAGCUUAAACAACUGUGAAGAUGCUGCUGGCAGCACAUCUGAAAAAUCAAGAAACGUGCCUGUUGCCUCUUUACCUGUAACGCAGCAAAUGACAGAAAUGAGCAUUUCAAGAGACGAAAAAGUAACACCAAAAACAGAGACUGAGCCAGUUGUUACUCAACCAAGCCCAUCGGUUUCUCAGCCUACUACUUUACAAAGUGAAGAGAGAGCUCCCGAACUGCCCAAACCAAAGAAGAACAGAUGUUUCAUGUGCAGAAAGAAGGUUGGCCUUACAGGAUUUGACUGUCGAUGUGGAAACUUAUUUUGUGGACUUCACCGGUAUUCUGACAAGCAUAAUUGUCCAUAUGAUUACAAAGCAGAAGCUGCAGCAAAAAUCAGAAAAGAAAAUCCAGUUGUGGUGGCCGAAAAAAUCCAGAGAAUAUAAACUAACCUGCUCAUUGAAAGACUGACUUUUGUCUUGAAUAUAUCAUAGGAAAACACAAAAGAGCAGGUGCAUGGCCAUUUUCCUUUGUUCCUCAAGGUUUUACUUUUAGUCCUGUCUGUUCCAAUGAAACUUCAGAACGUUUGGGUGUCUGUUACAGGCAGAAUUGUGUAGAUACAGCCCUUGAAAAUAUGUAUGCCCUCCCCGGAAUAUAAUUGGAUGAUUGGAAAUGUGCACAGGAAUACACAUGCACAAAGGACAGACUCUAGUUCAUAUGUGCCAAACAGAUGUAUGCUCUCUGCAUGUUUGCAGCAGAUCUGCCUUUUGAAAUGUAUUUGAGAUAUAUAAUCUUUGGUUAGUGUUAUGUGCCUGUUUUGGAGAAAGAUACAUCACAGAGGUUGGCAGUCUACUAAUAUAAUUUCAAAUCUCAUUCUAAUUUUUGUUUACAUGCUCCAUUGUUUUCCACCACAAUGUAAGCUAUGUAGAGGAGUCCACCAUCCCGAUAAGAUGAUGCCAUAUUUAAGAAAGUAACUUAGCAAUUCCACUGAGGAAAAAAAAAAAAAGAAAAAUCAGAUACAUGUGAGGAGAAAGCUGUUUUGGAAAAGUUUACAUUGAGAAUUGUGAAAAUAGGUUGCCAAAGGAGAUGUCCUGCUAGGAACUUAACUGGCCUGCCACAGAGUCAUGUGCUUUUCCUUGCAUAGCUGAAAAUGUUCUGUAGCACAAUAUUGUAAGAUUGGUUUACCAAAAAAAACUACAUGUUUUUUUAGACAUACCACAACAACUCUAUCAAGCAACAUGUGGCUGAGCAAGUUGCUGAACUAUUAGAGCAGUUUAUAAUUUAUAUAGUUAUAUUCUGUGUGUUCUGAGUUCAAAAGAAUAUUAGUUGUUCAUUUUUUUCCCUAGUUUUAAAUGUAACAGUUGCACCAUUCUGCAUGGAAAACCAUACCAAACAUGGCUGCUGUAGACUUAAGUGGUAGCUGGAAACAUUCUUGGAGGGAUGCUUUAUCAUUUUAACUGUACUUGGGUGUAGGACUGUAGUGUUCUUGGGUGUAUUGCAUGGGCUGCAUUACUAUGGCAUUGUACAAUAACAACUCUAGAAAAGGCAGUAUACUUCACUGAUGCUUGUCUGGUAAUAUCACUUCUGUGUUAUAAUGGAAGGGGUUUUUGUGAUGUAUGAAACUGUGUUUUUUAUAUAAACAAGUACAGUUUAGACUAGUGUUGUUGUAAUGCCUGUUCUCAUCUGUAAAUAGUUAUGUAUGUACACGAGGCGCUAUUUCCGGAAUUCUGUUUUUUAUGGCAGUGUGCAUCCUUAGUUUUGAGUUCACUAUUAAAGGCAUCAAGUUUUUGCUUAUAACUUUGUUCUUCUGAGUUAUUAGAUAUGCAGACGUGUACAGAUAGUUCAUAUUUAUGUAUUGCACAUAAUCAUGCUACCCAGCAUCUAUGCUAUAUUGUAUUAUGUAAAUAAUAAAAAUCAUGUACAGAAGGAAA